AUGUCAACCUCAGCAGAGAUUGUCAACGGCAUCGUCACACUCUCCAGCGGACCGAGUGGCAAGGCGGCAAGCCUCGUCAAGCUGAAGAUCGCAUGCGACAUCGACAACGCCGCGAGUUACGGCGUCCCCACCGCCAUCUUCGCCAACGACGCCAGAAGUAUUCCGACUGUAUUCCCGAACGUCCUGCGCCUUGAAGUCCAGCUAGACUUCAAGCACGACAACACUUCAGCGAGUUCGGUGGACGUGAGGGACUUUGGAAAUUGGAUCGGCGAAAUGGUCAAGCUCGCCAAGGGACUGAAAUUCAGCUUCCCGUGCGAGAUCUAUGUUGCAGUCACAGAUGCCACGCAUCUGUACCAAGACUCGAACGACAAUCUCGUCGCGGUUGGUGAGGAAGCUGAUCGUAGCGAUCAGCCGGUGGUUGUCAUUUUGGGGAAUCGCGGGAGGUUGGUGCAGGUUGGACAGACUAGCUAG